AUGGGUCUUGCAGCGCCGAAGAAUCGCUCGAAAAUCUCCAAUGAUCCCAACAACAACACCUGGGCGAACAAUACCUCGCGCUUCGGUCACCGCAUAUUGGCCAAGCAAGGCUGGAAGCAAGGCGAUCAUCUCGGUGCUAAAGAUGCCUCCCAUUCCGCUCACUACACGGUCGCCUCCGCUUCACACAUUCGAGUCCUCCUGAAAGACGAUAAUCUUGGUUUGGGUGCGAAGCGUGGUAGUGAGCGUGCGGAGAACUUUGGUCUUGCAGGCUUGGAAAGUAUUCUAGGCAGGCUCAAUGGCAACGAAGCAGCAGUCAAGAAGGAAGAGGAGAGGCGGGACGAGAUUGAGAAGCGAGCAUUUGUCUAUCGCAAGUACGGCAUGAUGAACUUUGUCAGUGGUGGACUUCUCGUGGGUGACAAGAUUGUGAGCAAGACGGAAUUCAAGGAGGAGCCUGAAGUCGAGGUCGAGGUCAAGACGGAGCCCGAGAGCGACGAUAACAGCACGAUCAAAAAGGAGAAGAAAGACAAGAAGAGGAAGCGGCUAGAAGUCGAAGCAGUAGAGGUCCGCACCGAGGAGCCAACGUUGAAGCGCAAGAAGAAAAAUAUGGAUCUGCGGGAAGACGUGAUGGAUGAGGCUGAGGAUAGCACAGCCGCGUCGAAGAAGGACAGGAAAUCGAGAAAGGAGAAAAGUAAGAAGGCAAAGAAGUCUUGGUCGGAACCAGAGGACCUGCGAUCGGCAGCAUCGGACCCCGAAGCCCUGACGGACAAGGCAAGACGGAAAGCGGAGAAGAAGGCUCGCAAGGAGGAAAAGAGGCUGAAGAAGGCGGCUAAGAAGGCGGCCAAGGCUGCGAAGAAGGCAAAGGACGAAUCUGAUGACUCGAGCUCGGAGAGCGAGGAAGAGAGUACAGCAUGCUCAUCAUCGGUUCCCGCGACUGGCACUUCGACACCGGCGACAUCGACUGCCGGUCUAGUAUAUACGCCACGAGGCAUGCACGCAGUCAGACAACGGUGGAUUCGUCAAAAGAAGGCUGCCACGAUGGAUGCACAGGCCAUGAAAGAGAUUUUCAUGAUCAAAACACCAUCCUAG